AUGGACACCGCGUACCGAAAGAUAGACAUCGAUGCUUAUGACGAUGACGCAGUGACUGAAGAAGAGUUAUACACUCACGACCCUAGGUCAGCGGAAGAAGUCUUGGCUGAGGCACAAUCUAAGACCACUCAAGCUCGAUCAUUUCUGACUCGCGGCGAUGUGGCAUCAGCUUUAAAGCUACUAUUAACUUCGCCACCCUACGGCCCCUCCUCAUCGGCCCUUGACACCGCAAAGUCCCUGACGCUUUCCUCAGUCAUCGAGACAUUGUCGUCAACUCGCACUUCUGAGAUUGCAUCGAUCGUCCAAUCUUUUGACCAAUCCGAACAGGAUUGGCUCAUGAAAUAUCUGUACAAGGGCAUGAGCUCGAUCGGAGAUAGCAAUUCGGCCGUCUUACUCAAUUGGCAUGAAAAGCUAACGGAAGUUGCCGGAACGGGCUGUAUUGUUAGGGUUAUGACUGAUCGCAGAAGAGUGUAA